GCAAGCGCCCGGCUCGCACCCGAGAACAGCGGCCUGACGUCACCGCGCCCUGCCUGUCAAUCUCCGGCGGGCGCGCUGCUCGCGGCAGCCUCCGCCGCCCAGGACCGAGUCUCACUAGCGGCGGCGCCCGCAUAGCUAACGCGCCCGCGCUCCCAGCUCGUCCGCCCGGCUACCGCCUGCAGCAACUGCUCUGUGUGCGCGGGGAGCGCAGCACGGCGCCCAGCCACGGUGCCCAUGACCAGUGACCUGCUGGAGCCCUGACUGCCCAGGGUGCAGCAUCUGGCAGCGAUGAACGCCAGCGCCGCCUCGCUCAACGAGUCCCAGGUGGUGGCGGUGGCGGCUGAGGGAGCGGCUGCUGCGGCCACCGUGGCAGGGGCGCCGGACGCCAGGGAAUGGGGACCCCCUGUGGCGGCCGCGGCACUGGGAGGCGGCGCCGGCGCUAACGGGUCGCUGGAGCUGUCCUCGCAGCUGCAGGCGGGCCCGUCCGGACUGCUGCUGCCCGCGGUGAAUCCAUGGGACGUGCUGCUGUGCGUGUCGGGGACUGUGAUCGCGGGCGAGAACGCGCUGGUGGUGGCGCUCAUCGCGUCCACCCCGGCCCUGCGCACGCCCAUGUUCGUGCUGGUGGGCAGCCUGGCUACCGCCGACUUGCUGGCGGGCUGUGGCCUCAUCCUGCACUUCGUGUUCCAGUACUUGGUGCCCUCGGAGACUGUAAGCCUGCUCACCGUGGGCUUCCUCGUGGCCUCCUUUGCCGCCUCGGUGAGCAGCCUGCUAGCCAUCACAGUGGACCGUUACCUGUCACUGUACAACGCGCUCACCUAUUACUCGCGCCGGACCCUGUUAGGCGUGCACCUUCUGCUCGCCGCCACCUGGACGGUGUCCUUAGGCCUCGGGCUGCUGCCGGUGCUCGGCUGGAACUGCCUGGCAGAGCGUGCCGCCUGCAGCGUGGUGCGCCCGCUGACGCGCAGCCACGUGGCGCUGCUCUCCGCUGCCUUCUUUGCGGUCUUCGGGAUCAUGCUGCAUCUGUACGUGCGCAUCUGCCAGGUGGUGUGGCGCCACGCGCACCAGAUCGCGCUGCAGCAACACUGUCUGGCGCCGCCCCACCUCGCUGCCACCAGAAAGGGCGUGGGCACGCUGGCCGUGGUGCUGGGCACUUUCGGCGCCAGCUGGCUGCCCUUCGCCAUCUAUUGCGUGGUGGGCAGCCACGAGGACCCGGCCAUCUACACCUAUGCCACCCUGCUGCCUGCCACCUACAACUCCAUGAUCAAUCCCAUCAUCUAUGCCUUCCGCAACCAGGAGAUCCAGCGCGCCCUGUGGCUCCUGUUCUGUGGCUGUUUCCAGUCCAAAGUGCCCUUCCGCUCCAGGUCCCCCAGUGAGGUCUGAAGGGCUCCCCCAGUGUCUUCUCGCCAGCACCAUGCCCCCAACAAGCCUGCCUUUGGUGAGCCUCUCCGUGCCUGCGGAUGAACUCUGAGAUUCCAGUGGUGUGAAACUGACAUUGGAAAGAAAGAGGAAAUAAACCCCAAUGCAACAAACUCACAAGGACAAGGAAGCUUGUUGGCAUUUUACAUAUACAGUGUAUACAUGUGUACAUAUAUAUACAAAUAUUUGUAUCUUCUGAAGGUGUUGGGAAUGUGGAGCUUCCAGGUCUGUGCAAAGCUAAUGCAGAGAUGUGGUUGUGUACUGAAAUUGUACAUCACAUUUGUCAAAUGAAGACAUUCCAAUACUGCUUAAUUAAUAGCACUUUAUUUUAGCUGCUGAACUGCCAAAACAGUGUUGCCAUUUUCAGGGCAGGGGAAAGGGAGCAAAAGGUGUAUUUUUGUUGUAUGUGAUAGAAUAUUUUGCUGCAAUGCAUCAACAAAUUACAACAUAUUUUGUACACAA